AUGCUUUCAGAUUAUCUAAGUGCCGCUGUUCAGUAUCUAUCUAUCUAUCUCGUUCCGUUCAUAUCUAUCUAUCUAUCUAUCCAUCUAGUAUCUAUCCAUUCUGCCCAUAUCUAUUCAUUCAUCUAUCUAUCUAUCUAUCUAUCUAUCUAUCUAUCUAUCUAUCAUGUUCAUAUCUAUCUAUCUAUCUAUAUCUAUCUAUCUAUCUCAGUCUGCCCAUAUUCAUCUAUUCAUCUAUCUAUCUAUCUAUCUAUCUAUCUAUCUAUCUAUCUGUUACAUUCAUUCAUCUAUCUAUUUAUCUAUCUAUCUCAGUCUGCCCAUAUCAUCUAUCUAUCUAUUCAUCUAUCUAUCAUAUUCAUCUAUCUAUCUAUCUAUCUGUUCAUCAUGUUCAUCUAUCUAUUCAUCUAUCUAUCUAUCUCAGUUCUGCCCAUAUUCAUUAUCUAUUCUAUCUAUCUAUUCAUCUAUCUAUCUAUCUCAGUCUGUUUAGAUCUCAUCUAUUCAUCUAUCUAUCUAUCUAUCUAUGUUGUUAUGUUUUCAAGAAUUCUUUCUUUUCUGACAUCUCUUCUACUCUUCUCUCCAGAAUUCCCUUUAUACAAGUUCGACGAUUAUACUACUCCCAGUCUCUUACACUUCUUCUCCGCAUCUUCCUUUUUCUUUAAUUUUCAUCAUUUCUCUAAAUUAUUUUUUUCUUUUCUUAUUUUUCUUUCUCAAAUUUCUUUCUUUCUUUCUUUCUUUCUCCGUCAUCUCCCCCGCCGCCCUGUCCAGUUAGGCAUUUUUCUUCCUGGCAAACCUUCCCGUAUUGUUUAG